CAGUUAUUGACGGUUAUUCUGUGUUGAUGGUGUGUUUUGUCAAAGUUUUAGUUAAAAUAAUUGUGGUAUAUUGUUAUAUUAUAGUAGUUGUAAAAGUUAAUUUGUAGUACGUGUAAUUAUGCCUGCAAUCGCAACAUGUGUGGACAAACAGUGUCCAACAAAUUCAUUGCCGCCCAAAGAUCGGCGAUUAUUCUGUUUUCCAAGAUCAGACAAUUUGCGGCGGCAAUGGUUGGAACGGAUGGAUAGGUGCGAUCUCAUGGAGUUUACAUACACUCAACUGUAUGGGAGAAGGUUUCGCGUUUGUGAACGCCAUUUCAAAACCCAGCAGUUCCAAACGCCAGCCCGGAAGAAGUUAUGCGCCCAACAAAUACCUCGACGUGUUGCAAAUUCAGAAGACAAUCCCGAUUCUCCUGUCAAUCCUCCUUCCAAUACACCCAAUCCUUGCAUGUCUUCUGAAUUUGGGAGUCCUAAGUCGAGGAGGUGCGAAGGUCGGACAAUACUUCGACAAGUUGAUGCCAAUAGAGGUGAGGUUACCUCGAAGAAGCAGAAGCUGCUGGCAGGGUGGAAGGAUGCAGAAAAUCCGGCUCUCAGUGACCGUUUGAAUUUGAAGUCUACCUUUACUUAUCGCGGAUUAAUUGCCCCCGUUUUCACAGUUAUCAACGAAAGAGGUGUAAUUAAUACGGAAAUUAUACCAAAAUAUGCUAAAUAUUUAUCUGAUAAUGGAAUAAAAGGACUUUUGGUUAAUGGUACUAGCGGUGAAGGAAUGUCGUUAAAUGUUACACAACGAAAAGUUUUAGCUGAAAAAUGGAUGGAGGUUUCCAAAGAAACUAAACAGCAUAUUAUGAUUCAAAUUGGUGGUGCACCUUUACCAGAUGUUUUAGAAUUGGCUAAACAUGCUGAAAAAAUCGGUGCCAAUUCGAUUCUUUGUCUUCCAGAAUUAUAUUUUAAACCAACCUCAAUUCAUCAAUUAACAAAUUACUUAAAACUAGUUGCUGAAGCAGCCCCAAAAACUCCUCUAUUGUAUUAUCAUAUUCCCGGUUUUACAAAUGUUUACAUUCAUAUGGGAGACUUCCUAACCGAAAUUGAUGGAAAAAUUCCAACUUUUAGUGGUAUAAAGUUCACCUCAGAAGUUAUUGAUGAAGGUUUAGAAGCUGUUAAUGCACACAACAAAAAAUUUGCGGUAUUUUUAGGAGCUGAUACAUUAAUGUACAAAGCUUAUCAAUUAGGUUUUGAUUCAUCGAUUGCAACAACAUUUAACAUGUUUCCUCCAUUAGGAGUAAAAAUUUACGAAAAUAUUAAAAAUGGAAAUGUUCAAGAAGCGGAAAAUUUGCAGAAAACGUUAACUCAAGUUGUUUCCAAAAUAAUUAAACAUGGUACUUGGGUACCAACAAUGAAAGCUGCAAUGAAUUUAUUUUCACCAAUAAAAGUUGGUUCAACAUUAAACCCACUAAUACCAUUAAAUUUGAAUCAACAAAGAGAAAUGAAAGAAGAUUUAGAUAAGUUAUUAUUAUGUAAUAAGUAAUAAUAA